AUGUCUAGGCCCGUGACUGCCCCAGCAAAGGCCCUGCUAAGUGGUACCUACAACUGCGGCGGCCGUGACUGCCAGGAGCCCGCCAAGGACAACAAGUCCUGCUACAAGUGCGGCCAGCCCGGACACAUCUCCCGCGACUGCAUGCAGGGUGGAGGUCCUGCUGCCGGUGGCCAGUCCACCGAGUGCUACAAGUGCGGCGAGAAGGGCCACAUUGCCCGCAGCUGCCCCAAGUCUGGAGGUGGCUUUGGCAACAACUCUUACGGCAACAGCGGCUAUGGCGGCGGUGCCGGCAAGACCUGCUACUCAUGCGGUGGUUACGGCCACAUGUCUCGCGAAUGUGUUAAUGGCAUGAAGUGCUACAACUGUGGCGAGUCUGGCCACUACUCCCGUGACUGCCCCAAGGAGUCUGCUGGUGGCGAGAAGAUCUGCUACAAGUGCCAGCAGGGCGGCCACGUUCAGGCCCAGUGCCCUAACUAA